AUGAAUUGUAACCGAACCGUUAGUAAUUACCAUUUUUGUUGCGUGAACCGUAUCGAGAGAACUGCCUCGAAAAGAUGGAGAGGAUCGGUGCGAAGGAUUGUCGCCGCUUCAGUUUUCAACCUAUCUUGCUUCACACACGGUUGUAGUACCGGCUGGGUGUCAGGCGUGUUGGGCAACGAGGCUCUGGCGGGUGGGGCCUGGUUAGCAGCAUUGCCUUGCCUUGUCGCAUUGCCUGCAGCUCCCUUCUUUGCAGUCCUAGCUGACACCAGAGGAAGGAAAGCAGGAGCUUUCUGUGUCUGCCUGAGUUUCAUUAUAAGCUGGUGCUUAGCGGCUUGGUGUGGAACACGCGGUAUCUGGACAGCGAGGGUUGCUGCUGGGGCAGGUGGAGCUGGUGCACUAGCUUUGGCUCCGCUCUAUUGUGCGGAAAUAGCUCCGAGGACUAGAGGAUUGGCUGCGAUGCCUGCUUUAGCGUGCAGUUGCGGGAUCUUCUUCGCGUACACAGCGGGCGGUGUGCUGUCACCACACGCCCUCUCGCUGUCUAUGGCGGUAGCGCCUAUCUUUCUGCUCCUGUCGCUACUGUGGUUACCGGAGACUCCCUCGUAUCUCAUCAAUGUAGGCAAAAUACAGGACGCGGCGAGAGUCAUGUGUUGGUUCGAUGGCUCCGACUUCCGGGAGGACUUGACUGACGUGAUCGAACAACAGGAAGUCAAAAUUCGAACCUCAGAUUGCGCAGGAGGAAGGCAACAUCACAUGAGACGUCAGGACUCGGAUACAUUUCAGCCGAUGUUGAAGAGGAGCAGUGGUCUGGAUUCGAACUCAGAUAAAAAGGAGCAGACGUCGCCUCUAAGGGAACUGUUGUUGCGACGGCGAUCGCGGCGCGCGCUCGUGUCGUGCUGCGUGCUGGUGUGCGCGGCGGCGGGCAGCGGAGCGGGCGCUGUCUCCAGCUUCGCAGCGUCCAUCUUGCGACACUCUGCGCACGCCGCGCCCGUGCCUGCACUCAACCUCACCGCCUACAACUUCACCAUUCACAACGGGACUGCACCUCGAGCAUUACUUGGCACGUCAGAUGCCGGAUCAAUGUUGUGUGGAACUGCGUUAGUUCUAGGGGCAGCAGUGGCCAUGGUUACUGUAGAGAAACUUGGAAGAAAGACUUUGCUGUUAUGGUCCUGUUCUGGAAUAGCUUGCUGCCUUGCUAUUCUAGGCAUAUACUGCGAUCCUCAUAUACGUAUGCAGUCCUGGUACACGCACCGGUUAUGGCCAUAUAAAAAAAUUAUGAAGGAGAAGAAUAUACGAGAGGGAAUCGGCGAUAUACGCGAGAAUAUAGCAAGAGAAAGUGGAAAUUUUUCUAGAGAUUUAUAUAAGGAGAACUUGAAUGAAUCUGAUCCUAUAGGGUCAUUUAGAGUCGGUAUAGAAGAACAAAAUGCCACUACAACGAUAUGGUCAUUCAAAUACGAGCAUAAUGAUAAUGCAGGUGAAGAGAUUUGGGUGCCAGUAGUACUAUUGUCGAUGGUGCUGUUUUUAUAUAACAUCGGUUUGGGUUCUGUGCCUUAUGUAUUAAUAUCAGAACUGUUUACCGUGAACGUCCGCAGUCUAGCUUCGAGUUUCCUCAUCACCUGUACAUGGCUCAGCAACUUCUUACUUCUCCGCUACUUCGGCACGAUGGCGAUCAAUCUUGGCCUUCACGCUACAUACUACAUUAGCGCUACAACCACACUUAUCGCCGCUGGAUAUAUUUACCUGGUCAUACCGGAGACUAAAGGCAAAUCCCAGGACCAAAUCGAUGAGGAACUGAGCGGACCUUUGCUCUUGCACCGGAAGAAGGGGAAAGAUCGUAACCAACGAUGA